ACUGGGCCAUCCGACGCCACUGAGCCCUUAAAGGACCCCCACCCAUUUUCCAAAUCUCCCGGGAUCCUCUUAUCCUCCCCAUCCCUGCCCCUCCUCGGACUGUUAUUCCUUUCCUCUUUCCCUUCAACCAUUCCUUAAAGGGCCAAGACACUAAAACCCCAACCCAAGAAGUCCUUCCCCCACCCAUGGUAGGGAGAACCUGAGGUCACCCCGCUCUUGCGGGCCGGCCCGGCUCCAGACGUCUACGCUCGUCUUUCUAAUGGUCCGGUCUCUCCGACCACAGUGCGGAUGGAAGGAUUUCGAUCCUGCCCCGGACGCGCCUCCGCCAAGGUCGGGUCCAUUAGCACCCCCACCGCAUCCUGCCUCUCCCCCUCCAAAGUCUGCGCCGGGAUACUGAGGACGGUCCGUCCUUGCGGUGCAGGGCCCAGAUCUUCCCCGGCUGCCGUCCAGUUCGUGCUUGCACCUGCCCAUUUUCCAGUAGUGUCCAUUAAGGCCCAAUCGGGUUGAUUCGUCUGUACCCACUCUGGUAUUCUGACCCCGCCCGGGGGUUUGGAAAUCCGUCGUCUCUCACAAAAGGCUGUUCACACUUUGUUAAUCCCUUUUGACGCACUGGGAUGAAAGGGGAGAGAUCUCAGCGGCUCCAACCCCUUCCUCUCCCGCCUUUGGUGCUUUCCCUGUGCUACAAAGGUGACAGACGCCCUGCUGGGGUUGGGCGCUCCAGCAGGUUCUGAGCCCCCAGGUUCCCUGCACAAAUACUAGCGAAUCCCCGGAGGGUAGAUCCGGAACGCGCACUAGGACAGACGGCUCUGCGGAAACCUAGCCCCCCCUGCUGGUGGCUUCUGAGCUAGAAAACCUCAAGUUGCAAAGUCGGCUGUGCUCCAGAGGUUGCGGAACCAGAAGAGUCAAGGGCUCAGCCUGGAAUCUGGACUCUGGCUCAACCUGGGAUUAGGGUCUCGGUCUCAAACUGAAAUUGGAAUUGGGAUUCAUCCCAGUUGGAAUGGGAUCGCAGAAGGGUCAGAGGCUUAGCAGAGUGGUCAGCAACCUAUUUGGGGUCUAGGACUCAUACAGGGUCCGGGUCAGGGCUCAGUUCAGGUGUGAGGCUCAACCAGAGAUUAAGACCCAGUGUAGGUCGAGGGUCAGAAGCGGGUGAAGGGGUCUGGAUUUCAGACUGAUGUCGGGGCUCAGCUGCAGGUAGUGUGUUCAGCCUGGGCUCAGGGUUCAGCCCAUAGUAGUCCAGCCUGGGAUCUGGGUGUGGGCCUUCAAUUGCCUAACUCUGGGAUAGGAGACGCCAAAGGCUUGGACUCAGCUCGGGGUCAUAGGUCAUCCAAGGAUAAAGAAUUAGCCUGGGGCCAGGUUUUGCCCUCUCGGAGGAUCAGUAAGAUUAGGAAAAUAAGACAGGCCUCAAGAGAUGCGUGUAUUUACUAAAAGUCUGUGCUCUGGCUGGGAGCCAAGUUCCCUGGAUAAGAAGGGGAAGUCCGUCCUUAGCGAUACUGGGAGAUGUAGUUUAUUAAGCGCCCCGCUGCGCUGUCUGCUCCCGCUGCUUUCUGGGUAAUGUACACUGGUCAGUUAAAAGCGGGUAACGGAAUUCCGCUUCAAAGGCCAGCUAUCAGAUCCAACACAAUUGGUUAGGUGCACUGUUUAUCAAAUACAUCCACACACUCUUUCCAGUGACUGGUGACAGUGGAGGCGGGGUUCAACGGCAUCAGCACUCCCAUUCGUAGCCGGUGACGUCUAUUUGGUGGCGUGUUAGGGCGGGUUUGCGAGGAGCGAUCGCUGAUUGGUCAAGCGAACUGGAAGAGCCUGAGGGUCGGUCCCCACCUUGCGGCGAUUGGCUCACCUGUAGGCGGUCGGGCGUCAGAGGCGGUGUCAGAGAGGCGGUAGCUCCAGAGAUGGCAGUGAGCGAGAGGAGGGGGCUCGCCCGCUGGAGCCCCGCGGAGUGGGGUCCUCGGCUGCUCUUGCUGCUGCGGUUGGGCGGCUGCUCUGGGCGUAUCCACCGGCUGGUGCUGACGGGGGAGAAGCGAGCAGACACCCAGUUGAACAGUUUCGGCUUCUACACCGACGGCUCCCUGGAGGUGGACGUGAGCCUUCAGGAGACGGAAGAGAGGACCCCUCAGGUGGGGUUCAGUCUGAGCCGGGUUCGAUCCGGCGGCAUUCAGUCCUACCCAACCCGGGACCCCCAGGACUGCCCUCUCCUGAAAAACAGUAGCCACCUACUGGUUCUCUUCCUCAUCAACACCAAGGAUGUGCAGCUUCUCCCCAAAGCGCCCCCAGAACCAGGGCUCCCGAAGCCAGAGCACACAGCCAGCCCCAAGGGCCGUGGCAUCACCACUAUGCCCAACAAGGCCAGGCCAAAACACACAGUGUCUCCUGGUGACCUGCAGGCAGCCGGAGGGAAGGACAAGGAGCUGGUGUUGGACCUGGGCCAUCGCAAUAAUUUCUACAAUUUCAGCUUCCACGUGGUGACUGGCUCCAGGGCCAAGGAAGGCCUGUACACCCUGAGCUUUUACAACUGCUACAACUUGAUGCCGCGUCGGGAGCAGCCAUUAGACAUCACGGUGAGUGCAGGGGGGCGGUGGUCCAAGCUCUACAUGGUCAUGUCUACCUGCUUCCUGGCCGUCGGCAUCUACUGGGUGUCUGUCCUCUGCAAGAACACGUACAAGGUCUUCAGGAUCCACUGGCUCAUGGCAGCCCUGGUCUUCACCAAGAGCAUUUCUCUCCUCUUCCACAGUAUCAACUACGACUUCAUCAACAGCCAAAGCCACCCCAUCGAAGGCCUCGCUGUCAUGCACUACAUUACACACCUGCUGAAGGGCGCCCUCCUCUUCAUCACCAUUGCCUUGAUUGGCUCUGGCCUGGCCUUCAUCAAGUACGUGCUGUCGGACAAGGAGAACAUCUUUGGGAUCAUAAUCCCGCUGCAGGUUCUGGCCAACGUGGCCUACAUCGUUACCGAGACCCGUGCGGAGGGUGCCAGUGACCACAGGCCCUGGAGGGAGACUUUCCUGGUGGACCUCAUCUGCUGUGGUGCCAUCCUCCUUCCCGUGGUCUGGUCCAUCCGGCACCUCCAGGACGCGUCUGGCACUGACGGAAAGGUGGCAGUGAACCUGGACAAGCUGAAGCUGUUUUGGCACUACUAUGUCAUGGUCAUCUGUUACAUGUACUUCACGCGGAUCAUUGCCAUCCUACUUCGGGUGGCGGUGCCCUUCCAGUGGCAGUGGCUGCACCAAGUGAGCACGGAGGCCCCAGGGCGGGCCACAGUGAAGGCGGGGACGGGGUGUGCCUGACGCCCCGCAGGGGACAACCCCUGCCUGCAGCUGCCCCAGGAGAAGGAGGAGGACGUGCAGACCGAGCGAGUAAUGACCGAUUCUGGAUUCCGGGAAAGCCUCUCCAAAGUCAACAAAACCGCCAGCGGGCGGGAGCUUUUGUGA